UGUAAGUGUAGGAAACUACAAUCUGAAGAAGCAUUUUGAAAAUUUCGAGAUGAAAUUAGAAAUAAAAUUAUUCAUUGUUUUGGUGAGUGCUGUAACCGUGUGUUUUGGUCAACAGUAUAAGGAUUGGACUUGGUCGGAAAGUUCACCUCUCGAUGACUACGUCAACAGACCAGAUGAUACCUAUGAUUGGACGGUAUUGAAUACGUAUCGUAUUGACACAGACUUAGAUGACCAAGAGGACUGUACCACAUUUGUGGUCAACAUGACGUCACAGACAUGGUUGAAUGAAAGCUACAGUUCCCAACCGAUAUGGUGGCACCACUUGAUCAUCGCAAUACCUGACAACGUCAUCGAUUAUGAACAUGGCCUCGUUUUCAUCAAUGGAGGGAGCAAUAGAAUUCCAGACACCCCCCCUGAUCCAGACAAUGAUUUCGGUGUUAAUGCGAUAUCACUGGCUGCCACUGAGAUACAAGCUGUUGCCGCGCUCCUAAAGCAGAACCCUAACCAACCCGUCACCAUGCCUAUUGCCCCAGAUCCAACACAGCGUCGAAGCGAGGAUUCUAUCAUAGCUGUCACGUGGCGUUAUUUCCUUGAGACAAAUGGAACAGACCCGGAUGUACUUCUGAGAAACCCGAUGACGAAGGCAGUGAUGAGAGCAUUUGAUACCAUAACAACGUUAACAACACAACAUAACACAAGGUUCAACAUCCAAAAGUUUCUACCUGCAGGUGCUUCAAAGAGAGGUUGGACAACGUGGAUGGUGGCGUGUGUCGAUAGGCGUGUUUUUGCGAUGGCUCCCAUAGUACUCAGUGUUUUGAAAUUCCACGAGACAGUGAGUAGCCACUACAGAGCGUAUGGUGGAUGGUCGUUUGCAUUUGGUUCUUAUUGGGUAGAAAACAUCACGCAGUUCUUGAAUGAUCCUCGGACACAGAUGAUGGCCGACAUAGUUGACCCAUAUAGUUACCGUAGCCGUCUUACUAUGCCUAAAAUGGUGGUUCAAGCCGCCGGGGAUGAGUUCUUUAGGCCUGACGAACCAAACUUUUGGUUUAAUGAUCUGAUAGGACCAAAAUAUAUGUGGGUAAUUGAGAAUACUCACCACGGGUUAACGUUUGCGGAGCCAGCACUCUUUUUCAAUAUUGCAGCGUUUUUCAAGGCAACUUCGAAGAAUGAUGUACUGCCAGUAUUUAACUGGACGCUCUCGCAAGAUGCGGCUAAUAGAACGGGAACAAUCGAUGUUUACACCAACCAACAAGUUCCCGUUAGCGUUAGUGCGUGGUAUGCUGAAACUGCUGAUGGGGGCCCGGGAGGAGAGGUUCGUCGUGACUUCCGGUGGGCACGAGCAUCAGAGACCCCUGGCGAGAUAGAAGAGAACCCAGUGUUGUGGAGUGAAGAUGUAAACGCUGUUGAAGUUAUUGUGCCAGAUCGACACUUUCGAGCAACUUUCGCCGAGCCCUCUAGCGGAUGGCUUGGUUUCUUCCUCGAGGUCGUUUUCACAAAUAGCGACGGUGAUGAAAUGGAAUUCACCACUGAGUUGAACGUCAUCCCUGCACGAUACCCAUUCCCAGCAUGCACUACACCUGAAAAUUGUUGGGGUCGGAUUGUCUAGAUCUCAUCAAUCAUGACGUGUAUUUAGCUUAAAAUCCAUACAUUUACCCUGAAAAGAUACAUUUACUGUCAACAAAACUCAUGAUAAAUAUUGAUUAUGAAUGAUUAAAUGUCUGCCUACAUUGACUAUA